AUGAACAAUUACUCACGACCAUCGACGCGCCGUCCGCCUCUGGGGGAUGCGACUCGACGAGUGAACAAUGCUCCGCCUCCAAGCCCCGAACAGCUUUCCAAACCCCCCUCUAUACCACACCAUGAGAGUCUGUGGACUAAUGGCCUCCUCCAAAACCAAACAGAGUCACAAGACUCGAGUCAUCAGCGGCAGUCGCGUCGCGUGCCAUCUGUUGGCCCCAACAUAGAGAACCCACGGCUGUCAGCAGUCAAGGACUACCCAGAUUCCAAUCGCAACUCGCAGUACUCUACAACCUCAAAUGAUUCUAAUGCCAAGAUAAUCAAGAAGUGCAUUGGGCCAUGGAAGCUAGGCAAGACUUUGGGGCAGGGGGCCACCGCACGGGUCAGAUUUGCUCGGCAUAUGUACACUGGACAGGAGGCGGCCAUCAAGAUAGUCCAGAAGAAGAAUGCACAGAUCUCUCAGGCUGGAAGCCUUGCAAACCUGGAAGAAAUAGAGGCGACCGAAACAGACUUGGGAGAUGGUGUCAAACGAAUGCCGCUGGGUAUUGAGAGAGAAGUGGCCAUCAUGAAGCUAAUACAACACCCAAAUAUCAUGAAACUAUACGACAUUUGGGAGAAUCGCACAGAGAUAUACCUAGUACUAGAGUUUGUUGACAACGGAGAGCUUUUCGAGCAUAUCUCGAAGAGCGGCCGUCUUGAAGAAGAAGAAGCUGUGAAGUACUUCCGACAAAUGCUCAGCGCUAUCGGAUACUGUCAUUCCUUCAAGAUCUGCCACCGAGACCUCAAGCCCGAGAAUAUUCUUUUGAAUAAGCAUGGAGAAGUCAAGAUUGCAGAUUUCGGCAUGGCUGCAUUGCAACAGGCACCAGACCACAGGCUGAAGACAUCCUGUGGCAGUCCCCACUAUGCCGCCCCGGAAUUGAUUAGUGGCUCUGCAUAUCGAGGAGAUAUGAUUGACAUAUGGAGUCUAGGGGUCGUUUUCUACGCCAUGCUUGCCGGCCGUCUUCCAUUCGAUGUGGAGGGACCAAGCCAGGAAGCACUUCGGCCGCUACUUCGGAAGAUCAGGAAAGGACAGUACUCGAUGCCAGCGGAGUUUAGUGAAGACGCGAAGAGUCUGGUGCACAGAAUAUUACAAAUUAACCCAAACGACCGAAUCAGACUUCAGCAGAUCUGGAAGCAUCCUUUGAUCAAGAAGUACGAUUACUUGGACAACUUGAGUCGCGGCUGCUAUCCUCAAUCUCCAAAUGUUAUGGAUUGCGAUCUCACUGUUAUCCGCAAGAGUGACAUCCAUCAAGACCUUCUCCGCAAUUUGAGAUCAAUGUGGCACAUGUACACGGAGCAGCAACUGAUCGAUGCUCUCCUCAGCGAUAAUGACUACCAUCAUGUUAGACCGCUCGAUCUUCCAAAGUCAUACUCUACUUGCCACUUCCCUCCUGCAAAAGGACACGGCCGUCAGUCCUCGAGAUUUACUGUCGUCAGCAAUGGCGCAGAGACUGAGCAGAGUUAUGAUCCUUUCAAGGCAUCCAGACCACAACAUCUCAAUGCACAUCGUGGCGGAGCGGCCAAGAUCACCAUUCAUCAUCCAGCCGAGAGCAAGGCUUUGGAAGAGGACAAGCCAACAGCUACGCCACGGAAGAGGUCUCGUCCUUCCCCUGGAGAUCGCAGUAGAUUUCAGAAACUCGACCCUCCUCCUAAAAUAUACGCUUCUCGGAGUUCUAUGAGCUCUUCCCUAAGCCGGACAAGCAAUGGACAAGUCCGUGCUAGAGUUGGGUACAAGAGAGGCGUAAGUUUCUCGCAUUCCCGAAGACUUUCGAACACGACCCCAAGAAAUGCGUCCGCUCCGCCAUUCCCCAGCGCCCUUCAUGGCAGACACAGUAAUCAUACCGAAGUCACGGACGAUGGAGGCAGUGUAUUACGUCCAGUCAAUGAGACACCUGCUUCCACAAGAUACAUUCGCUCAAGAAAGGCACAAUCCGUUGCUUCACAAUCUAACACUGCCGGACCAGCAAAGCCUGGUCGCAUCAGCCAAAUAUGGAGUGAAGACGUUCAGCAGCUGAGCAGCAGUCUAGCUAAGGAUUGCGACGAAGCUUUCAAUCGGAUAUCUAUGAUAUCAGAGGUUGAUUCCGAGCCGAGGAAGCCGUCGAAUGAGGACCCAAAUACCAAUCGGGCAUAUUCUAAUCCAAAGACUAAGCAUUCCUCGUUAGACACACGACCACUCCCUGCACCUCCAGCCCGCUCUGACUCUGUGAAUUAUGAAUUAUUGGAAGCAAGAAAGCAGGCAGAGCUGCGGAAGCAACUCGGAAACGAUGAGUCGCCGAGCUAUUUGGAUCGGAUGGUCAACCACAUCGAUCGGCUCAUACAGCCACUAUCUCCAACCCAGAUGAUGAUAGACCGUCGUGUAACUUCCGCCCCUUCGGACACCAGAUAUCAGCCUUUGGCCCGGGCACUCCCAUCAAUUGACGAGUCAAGAGGCGAAGAUCCGUCACCUCGCAGAGCACGAGAGAGAGCUUCCUUCCUCGAACAUCAACAUAAAGUCGAGGCUAAGAGUGGCCGCAUUGCAUCAGCCCCUGAGGCUUGGAAGUUCAGCCAUCGUCUGGACAAUGAAGAUGUCGCACUGGCUUCUCAUGGUGUCAAGAACACAAUUCGAGUCGUACAGCCAUCAUCGCCCUUAAGUCCUGUCAGACCACCAGCGCCUUUGACCAUCCGGAAGAAGAGCUCGCUAGGUACACCACCUCCAUUGAUGGCAGGCGGACUUGGAAUCGAUCAAGGUGCUUCCGUGAAUAAUCGUCGACUAUCGGGGCUUGACCUUCGACAGCAAUACAAGGCUGCAACCAGGCACGAGAGCUCUGCAGACCUUGCCCCCAUCACCGAAUCUCGGAAUGAUGAAGACCAAUUUGAAUCCGUUACUGGUACAGUAGUCCGCAAGAAGUCGGGAUGGUUUAAGCGUAGUUCCAAGACCGAAGACGACGGCUCGCGAUUGUCCACCGUCAGCUCUAAUUCAGUGCCAACAAAGACUCUGAGCAAUGAUGCAAUGCAGCCUCCAUAUGAACGCCCCCAGAAUCCGCAUCUCCGGAGCCCACAUAUGGAGCAACCUAAGAAGAAACAGUUUGGAUUUGGCAGGAUAUUCAAAAAGAGAAGUUCAAAGCCUGAUAUGUCGCUAAGUGCUCAUGAUGCGUACGAGGACGAAGACAGUGUACAGCACUCGAUCACAGAUGCUCGACUAAAGGCAUUCAGUGGACGUGAUCAAAGUGUAGAUGCAAAGGCUCGACAAGUUGUACCACAGCAAAGCUGGCUAGCCAAGUUGUUCCAUGUGAAGGCUGCUUCUGGAUUCCUUUGCUUCACUCUAUCGCAGCGACGUACUAGACGAGAAAUUACAUUUUUACUGAAGGAUUGGAAGCGUUAUGGCAUUCGGGACGUUCAAGUUAACAAAGAACGAAAUAUCGUGUUUGCUAGAGUUGGAGCUCAAAAUUUUCUCGAUAUGAAGGAAGUUUCAUUCGCUAUUGAAAUCAUGACUGUCAUCGAACAUGGCAAGAAGAACCACCUCAGCAUCGCGCGUCUUACACAGGAGAAGGGCGCUGCCAGUACCUUCAACCACCUCCUCGAGACCCUGGAAUCCGUUCUGAAAGUCAAAAAUGUUUUGGUGGCCGAUGAACGCAAGAAGAGAAUGAUGAUCAAGACCUUCCAGGCUGCCACUUGA